AUGGAGAGGAGGCGCAGACGGGCUGGUCCCUCACACGGCUCUAUGCUCUCUCUUAAUGGGCUAGAAGAUGGAGCCUGUGUAUGGACCGGCUCUAGCGCUGUCCAGUGUGGGAUGAGAGGCACAGCGCGCUCGGAUGCUGAUGCUGCUGAUGCUGGGGUGUUGGCCCGCUCCGGAAUGACAUUACAAUCCGGUUUGGGAGCACUGCAGAAGCGGGGAGGCUGUGGGUUUGUGCUCGCCGGGGCCCAUGUGAUCACCUCCUCCCGCCGGUCAGGUCAGUGA